GUCACUCUUUUGGAUCCUAGUCGCUCAUUUCAUACGCUCCAUUGAGCGGUCCAUUCCUUCACAACAAACAUUAUCUGCCGCCCUUUGCGACCAUAACUGUUGGCACUGAACUCCUUUGAUCUGCGAUUACUUAUCGACGACCAUAGACAGGCAACAUGUACAGCAUUCGAGCGUUCGCCACUUUGGCCUCUCUUCUCCGAUUAGCAUCUGCCGCCGAUGUUUUCGCGCAUUUCAUGGUCCAGAACACCUACGCUUACGACAUCAACCAAUGGAAGACCGACAUGUCGCAAGCGCAGGCAAUUGGUGUUGACGGCUUCGCGCUCAACUGGAUACCGCCGGACUGUGUGCCCGGUCUUGACUGGACUGUCGCGCGCAUCAACGAUGCUUUUACUGCGGCAGAGCAAGUGGGCUUCAAGCUCAUGCAUUCCUUUGACAUGAGCUACAGCGUAUGCGAUGUCUACUGGAACCAGACUUUCAUGGCCAGCAUACUAUCGACACAUGCCGGUAGUUCUGCUGCAUACCGCUGGAACAGCAAUCUCCUCGUAUCUACAUAUGGCGGCGACCAAGUCGUGCAGUACGGCAAUCAGUUCUUCCAGGGGUUGAAGAAUACGAUGCAGAGCUCCAACGCUAUUUCAAUCGCGCCCGCUCUCACGACGUAUUCUAUGAGCGCCCAGUAUGAUGCGUCGAGUGCAGCCUCAAGCCUAGUGUCAGACUACCCAUCCAUUGACGGCUACCUUAACUGGCAAGCCUGGCCUCUCGAUGUCCAGCAGAACAGUAGUGUCACACCUGACCAGGCUUUCCAAUCUGCAUUGAAAAGCAAAGGUCGGGCUGGACCUUACGUAAUGGCUGUGUCACCGUGGCAGUACAAAGAUCUCAAUGACGGCAACCCACUUGAUGCUUGGGUGGCUUACAGCGACACGCUCUUCCCGGACCGCCUCCGGCAGCUGACAAGCGAUGCUAUUCAGCCCGAUAUCAUCGAGUUGCUGAGCUGGAAUGACUUCUGCGAGUCUCACUACCUCCGCGACCUGCCGUCCCAGGAUAUCACCGCAAAGGACUACGUUGAGCUCGGUGACAUGGGCAACUACGUUUGGGGUCAAAGUCAUUCAGCGUGGCGCGUCAUUGCAAAGUACUACCUUCACUGGUGGAAGAACGGCUCGCCGCCAGCAAUCACUGAAGACCAGGUAGUCUUCUGGCACCGCGUUCACCCCAAGGAUGCGGUCUGCACUGGCGGCUCGUCUACCGGCAUUCGAAACAACGACAUGCCGGAAGACGCUGUCUUCGCUUGGGCGCUCGUCAGUGAGAACUCCACUAUAUCCAUGACGGUCGGGAGCAACCAGUACUGGAAUUUUGAGGCAGACAAUAGUGGCCCAACGAUGAACAUGGUGCCUUUCCCGUCUGAUCUCACCGGCAACGGCGUAACGCCCAUAGUGGCGAUCAUGCGCAACGGCCAGCUACUGGGGGUCUCCAACAGCUCGCAAGCGAUAUCGAGCGAUUGCGCCUAUCAGAACUACAACCCUGUUGUUGGCUUAGUAGGACCAGGCUUAUGAUCAUUGAAGCGUGCUUUUCACUUCGAGAUACCCUUCUGCAAGCUAUGGAUUUGGUUGCAUAUAUUCAAACUUUGGCUGAUGGCGGCAAUUUGAUGAUAGAGAUGACUGACGCUAUUUG